AUGGACAGCCCAUACGGCAUCCUGCAUCCCCUCCCCCUCGAAAUCCGCCGCAAGAUCUACUCGCACACUCUCUCCGGCCGUGUCAUCCUCCUCCGCUCCCUCACCUUUCCCCGCCCACAGCCAGGGCAGAAUGAAAACGCUCUUGCCCUUCUGCGCGUCUCCAAAGCCAUUCACGAGGAAGCGAAGACGUGUAUCUACGAGAUGAUGGUAAUGGAAUACCAAUACGACCUCGUCCUAGGCGACGGGCUAAACGGCACUGCCAAAGGACAGAUAUCGCAGAAGAUCAGCGUUGCAGCGAUAGACAACCGCUUUGAGAAAUGGAAACACGAAUCGUACAUGUCCAAGACGUUGGUAGCGAUGUCGUUGCUGUAUCCUAAUCUAAGGGACGUAGACGAGGAGAAGGUGAAGGAUCUAGAUUUCAAUGUGAGGGUAGGGGAUACGGAGGCGAUGAUGGCGGGAGAGGCCAUUGGGAUGGUGCUGCCGGUUGACUAUUAUACCAAUCUGCUACGCCGGUUUGUGGGAACGGGCACGAGGAGGAGGACGUUCAAGCUGAGAGUGUGGAGCAAUGAACGGGAUGAGGAGAACACGCACGAUGUGAGAGUGGUGUUGUCGUCGCUGGCGGAUGUGCUCACCAAGUCCGCGGUCGCGGUGUUCGUGAAGGAUAUGGUGGGGUUCGAGAGGGUGGUGCUGGAAUUUGAUUGUCUGAGCACGACGGUGCGGGUGGAGGAGAAUGCAGAUGUUACCGCAGAUGGGGAGGGGAUCGGGAGGGUGACGAGACUUAUCACGUUGAAUUUGUAUUCGUGGUUUGAGGUCGCCGUGCAGCGCGUUAUGCAGCAUUUUGAGCCGUGGCUGGGUGAGUGUAAGCUGACGGCGAGGUAUGUGCAACGGGUGGGCUAUAACAGGCAGGUGGCAAGCUUUGAGUUUCGCCCGUUGGAGCAUCAGAUGAAGGAGGAGACUGUGAAGUGGAAUUUGGAGGCUGCGAGGCAGAGGUGGGAGGAGGAGGAGAAGUUGUUGGCGUCCUUUGAAGGGGAUUGA